AUGCCUUCACAGACAGGGUGGAGAUCAUUAAACAUUGCCAUCAUUGGCGGCGGUAUCGGUGGCCUGGCAGCCAGUAUCGCCCUCAGAAGAUCAGGCCACCAGGUGACGAUAUACGAGAGAUCAGACUUCGUGGGUGAAGUUGGUGCCUCAAUAUCAUGCGCUGCCAACGGCACGAGAUGGCUCCAUGAGUGGGGAGUCGAUGUCGAGAAAGGCGACCCUGUCAUUCUUCAGAAAUUGAUUAAUAGAGAUUGGAAGACGGGCGAGCCAGUCAGCGUAUACGACCUGAGUGACUAUGAGGAUCGAUGGGGCCACGUCUACAAUAUGUUCCACAGGCAAUACAUGCACAAGAUGCUCAAGGAUUGCGCCGAGCAAGAGCAAGGCGAGGGCCCCCCUGUUAAAAUCAUCCUCAACCACAGAUGCAAAGCCAUCGACACCGACACGGGCCUCAUCACCUUCGAGAACGGCGUCACAGCCACCCACGACGUCGUCGUUGGCGCCGACGGCAUCGGCUCCGCCGUCCGCGGCAUCAUCGGCGUGCACCCAGAGAAGCGGCCGGCAGACUCGUCCUGCCUGCAUGCCAACGUCGACACCGCAACGGCCGUCAAGCUCGGCCUGGUCGACUACAGCCAGAACAGCGCGAUCGAGUACUGGGGCGGCCACCACACGUACAACAAGAUUGUGCUCUCCCCCUGCAACGGCGGCAGCCUGCUGAGCUACUACUGCUUCUUCCCGCGCGAGAAGGGCGACUAUGCCAACCAGGCCUGGGACGCCGAGAGCACCACCGAGGAACUUCUCAGCCCCUACCCGGACCUCGACAGCCAGGUCUUCAAACACCUCGAGAUCGGCAAGGAGAUCCGGCCCUGGCGUCUGUGGGUCCACGAGCCGUACACACACUGGCAGAAGGGCGUUGCCUGCAUCAUGGGCGAUGCCGCGCAUCCCAUGAUGCCCGACCAAUCCCAAGGCGCCUGCAUGGCCAUCGAAGACUCGGCCGCGCUGGGCCUGGUCUUCAGCAAGCUCAACUUCGACGGCGACGUGCGCGCGGCCCUCGAGCUGUACGAGAAGGUGCGGCUCCAUCGCGCCACGCGCGUGCAGGCCGCGUCGGCGCGCGCAAGAGAAAACAUCCACGAGCGCAUUGGAUUCAGUGACAAUACGGACAAUCCGCUGUAUAAGGUCAAGGACGAGAAGGAGAAGUUGACGAUUACGGAGAUGAAUGCGUGA